GUGGUUCAGCCAGUCAGAUUGAAGGACUGUCUGUUGUAUAAUUAACGCUGCUUCAGUCCUUGGGGGUCUCGCUCCUGCUGUCGGGGUCUCAGUCUCAGAUUAGCUCUGGUUUCUCUCUGAUCUCCACCAUGUCGGUUCCUGAAGCCGAUCUGAGCCGGACGGGUCACAGUGUGGUGGCCGUUUGUCUCGGGAUCAUCUUCGUUCUGGGGUUUGUGAAUAAUUUUCUGGUCCUGAUGCUCUUCACUCGAUUCCACUUCCUCCGGACCCCCAUCAACCUCCUCCUGCUGAACAUCAGCGUUAGCGACAUGCUGGUGUGCGUGUUCGGGACGCCGUUCAGCUUCGCCGCCUCCGUCUGCGGCCGCUGGCUGACCGGACCUCACGGCUGCAGGUGGUACGGCUUCGCAAACACGCUUUUCGGUGUGGUCUCUCUGGUGUCUCUGGCGAUCCUCUCGUACGAGCGGUGCUGCUCCAUCCUCUGCGGCUCUAAAGUGGACGUGCUGGAUCACAGGAAGGUCAGGCUGUCCAUCGCGGGCUGCUGGGUGUACUCUCUGAUCUGGACGGUUCCUCCUCUCUUCGGCUGGAGCGGUUACGGCCCCGAGGGACCCGGGACCACCUGCUCGGUUCGGUGGGCCCUGCGGACCCCCGAGAGCAGAGCCUAUAUCGUCUGCCUCUUCAUCUUCUGCCUGGUUCUGCCUCUGCUGACCAUCAUCUUCUGCUACGGGAAGAUCCUCAUCACUGUACACGGGGCGGCUAAAGUGCAGCAGACCACCGCCCAGUGGAGGGAGGGCCGUGUUCUGCUCAUGGUUCUGAUCAUGGUGUCCUGCUAUCUGCUCUGCUGGCUGCCAUAUGGAGUGGUGGCACUGUUGGGUACGUUCGGGCCAUCCGGCACAGUCAGCCCCACCGCCAGCAUCAUACCGUCUGUACUGGCCAAAAGCAGCACCGUCCUCAACCCCAUCAUUUACGCGUUCUUCAACAAACAGUUCUACAGGUGUUUUCUGGCGUUGGUGAAGUGUGAAUCAGGAUCUCCGUCACUCCACACACUGCACAAACUCCACACUCAACCCAGCAGCUGUACAGAUGGUUCUGCACCCAACGGCAUCGCCCUGGGGCUGUACAGAGACCCCUCACCCGCCGACAGUCCGAAACGUCCACAUAACUCUGGAACAACCACCAGCGCUCAGUGUAGCGCCCCCCAGAGGAGCAACACAGCUUUAGAGCUGGAAGCACGAGUCACCCCCUAA